AUGAGCAGCUCCCGGCAGCUGCAGCCCCCCAGCCAGCGGCCUCCUCCGCACGAGGGCAUGACCUGGUGGUACAGGUGGCUCUGCAGGAUUGCCGGGGUCAUCGGGGGCAUGUCCUGUGCCUUUGCUGGUCUCUGGAACUGUGUCACCAUCAACCCCCUGAACAUCGCGGCCGGCGUGUGGAUGAUGCUCAACGCCUUCGUCCUGUUCCUGUGUGAGGCCCCUUUCUGCUGCCAGUUCAUCGAGUUUGCCAACACCGUGUCCGCCAGGGCCGACAGGCUGCGGGCCUGGCAGAAAGCAGCUUUCUACUGCGGGAUGGCUGUGUUCCCUGUCAUGCUCAGCCUGACGCUGACCACGCUCUUCGGCAACGCCAUCGCUUUCGCCACCGGGGUGCUCUAUGGUCUGUCGGCCCUUGGAAAGAAGGGAGAUGCCAUUUCCUACGCCCGCAUCUACGAGCAGCAGAAGCAGAUGGAUGAAGAGAAGCUCACGGGGACCCUGGAGGGACAGGCUCUCUGAAGGACACAAGCUUGGGGUAGCAUCUCCUGGACACGGAGAUGGUGAAGACGUGGAAAUCCACCCUGCCCUUCCUUCUGUCCUCUCACUCCUUGCUACACCACGAUUUCCCUGGAUGCUGCAGCAGCUGGAAAUCUCAGGGGCUGGGGCAGGCUGUGUCCUCUCCUCAGACCAGCAGCCAGACCUCAGCACAC